AUGAAGUGGGGUGGAAGAAAAACCUCUUCAGCUUCAUCUUCUUCUAAGCCUUCCUUUAUCUCUCAUGUAUCUCCUUUUACAUGGCUGUCAAAGUUCAAGCAGAUGAAAAUCAACUCAGACUCGGAGACGAAACCUGAAAAGCCGAAGCAGAACACCCCAUCUGAUGAUACUUCAUCACAAUUUCCUCAUGGGAAUAGAGGCAGGUUUCAUCCAGGUGAUGAUGAUGCUUUCUGGAGAUUGUCAUUUGGUGAAGAGGUUGUUAAUGAGCAAAAGAAGAAAAGUGAAGAUAUUAUGAAGCCAAUCAUGUAUAAUUUGGAGGCUAAAAGAAAUGGAAGAAGAAGAAGAAGACAGGAUAGAAAUUUGAUGAAUGAAACAAAGAGUGCAAAGGAAGUUGAAUACUUAAAGAAGAGAUAUGAGAAAAAAGCAGAGAGAGUCUUACAAGAUCAGCUCUUGAAAUUACGGAAUGCAGAAGAGGAAGAACAAUUUGCAUCAAGUAAAUGUAAAUCCUUAGAAAAGGAUGAGCUUCGGUUCGAGUCACCAAGAACCCGUUUCUUUUCCUCUUAUGUAGAUGCAGAAAGUUCUAACCUUGGCCUUGGAAGUAUCAGAGAAAACGGUGUGAAACAAUGUGACGAGUUUAAAGCGAAGGGUAACAAAAAGAGGGAAUCAGUUCAUGUGAGCAGAGAGCUUCAGAGGAGGAAACCAAAGCAGAGCUCCAAGGUAAGAGUGCGUUCUCCAAAGAUGGCUACAAAAGUUGAAAUCUGCAAAAUAAAGACAAUAGAAGAUAAAAAGAAAGCAAAACUAAAGAUGAAGAAAGAAGAAGAAAUUGUAGAGGAAACAGAACAAGGUUUAGAUAGCUUUGCUGUUGUAAAGUGUUCUUUGGAUCCACAACAAGAUUUCAGAGAUUCAAUGAUUGAGAUGAUCAAAGAGAAACAGAUAAGUCAGCCAGAAGAAAUGGAAAAGUUAUUAGCAUGUUAUUUGAGUUUGAAUUCAAAUGAAUAUCAUGAUUUAAUUAUCAAAGUGUUUAGGCAAGUAUGGUUAUGUAUGAGCCAAUCUAGUUUGUGUACUAAACCAGACAAGCAAUGUUGUUACUAUGAUUAA